AUGGCACAAAAGGCUCUCUCUCUAUAUGAAAUUCUGGAGCUAAUCCUCAUCUAUACAGAUAGGCGAACCUUACUACUAUCCCAGCGUGUGUGCCGGAAAUGGAACGCCCACACCAACAGCUCACAUAACCUCCAGGAGGCUCUCUUCUUCAAACCGGUUAGGUAUGAACUGCCAUAUGGCUCCAAAAAGUGUGUGCGGAAUCCAUCUAUCGAUGAGCAUGUGUGGUCUUGGUUAGUGCGCAAACAGAUUGAAGCCGAAGCCAAAAAGGAAGAAGAAAACCACCAUAACUGGUAUUAUUAUGAUUCUGAGUCUGAGCUGGAUACUGUGUCGGAUCCCACAUCGGAUCCUACAUCGGACUCUGAUAAUGGUGAUGAUGAUGACCCCUUCGCUCGGCCAGAAGCCAGCUGGAAACGUAUGCGAUUCCAGCAACCCCCAACAUCCCAUGUCGGCUUCAUCUACUACGAAUUUUGUUGGCAUGAACCCUCACUGUACAGACGCAUGCGAUCCCUGAAGCCUGAUUAUGAUCCUCUUCGGUUGAAGGAUAUCGCCCCGGCUCUGGAAGACGGCUCCAUGGUGGCUGAUGAGGGAUCGUGUAUUCUCCGGUCUAAACCGCACUAUUCCUUUGACAUGAUACGGAAUUUUACGUGGUAG